AUGUCUGCAAAGCUUUUCUCUUUUCUCUAUCUGGCCGCAACGGCCCUGGGCCUGGCCACUAACACCAGUGUGUCUCAGCAGUCGUGUCGUUCCCUCCCCGGGGAUGCUGCCUGGCCUAGUGCCCGCGACUGGGCGACGCUGAACAAGACCAUCAACGGGCAUUUAAUUGCCGCCAUUCCGGAGGCCAGCGUCUGCCAUGAUACCCCGUUUAGAGUCUAUAAUUCCCAGGCUUGCCUUCAGCUGCAGAGCACAUGGGACAUCGCGACGAUCACCCACUAUACUGUGGUUAACGGGUACAGCAUCAACUCUCCUGCCGAGAUUCUCAACCAGAACUUCCAGAACUACUCUUGCGUGCCCUUCACUAAUGCAUCUCGACCGUGCGAACUGGGCAACUACCCCAGUUAUGUCGUCAAUGUCACAGAGGCCAGUGAUGUGCAGGGUGCCCUUGCAUUCGCACAGAAGCACAAUAUACGGAUCGUCAUCAAGAACACAGGCCAUGACUACCUGGGCAAAUCAACCGGCAAAGGCAGUCUGUCCCUCUGGACGCACAAUCUGAAAAAUCGGGAAUACAUCCCGACCUACAGAGCCUCAUACUAUCAGGGCCCUGCCGCAAAACUUGGCGCGGGCAUUGAGGGAUUUGAGGCGUACGCGCUGGCCAAUUCAACGGGCCACCGCAUUGUGGGCGGCACCUGUCCCACAGUAGGCAUUGUGGGAGGUUAUACCCAAGGCGGAGGCCACUCAAUUCUCUCAAGCUCAUAUGGGGUCUCCGCCGACAAUGUCCUUGAAUGGGAGGUUGUGACUGUUGAUGGGCGGCACUUGACUGCAACCCCAACUCAGAACGCUGACCUAUACUGGGCGCUCAGUGGCGGCGGUGGCGGCACAUUUGGAGUAGUCCUCUCCAUGACAGCGCGCCUGCACCCUGAUGGAAUUGUAGGUGGCACGCUACUUGGCUUUAACGACAGCGCGGUCGGUAACGCAGCCUACUGGGACGCAGUGGGUGCCUUCCACGCCCUCCUCCCUGCCUUCCUAGAUGGCGGCAACUCCUUCACCUACUCUGUAGGCAACACUUCCCUAACUGCCUAUGGGACCAUGCCCGGUGCCAACGCCACUGAGAUCAACCGCCUCCUCAGCCCCUUUUUGCAAGAUCUGGCCUCCCGCAACAUCACCCCCAUCUACGAGCCCGAGGUGUCACCCAACUACUACGAGCACUUCUUCAAAUACCUCGGCCCGGCGCCCUACGGUAAUGACGCCUACAACCCUUUUACAAACAGCCGCAUCAUCCCGCGCUCUCUGAUCACAAACCCACAGACCAACGCGGUAGUGACGGACCUCUUCCGCAACAUCUCACAGUUAGAAGUCUUCGCCCCGUUUUAUUGUGACAGUUUCAAUGUCGCCAAUAAGUCCCACCCGGAUAACUCCCUUCAUCCGGCCUGGCGCACGGGGAUGCUGCUGUGCGCACCGGCGGCCGCGUGGGAUUGGCAUGCCACGCCUGAAGAAAUGGCCGAGCGAGAUGAGUAUGCUGCCAAGGUGCUGCAGCCAAUGAUGGAUGCGGCAACCCCGGGGGGAAUGGUGUAUCUCAACGAGGCAAAUCAUUUGUAUGAGGAUUGGAAGGAGAACUUUUAUGGUGCUAAAUAUGACAGGCUGUUGGUGGUGAAGAGGAAGUAUGAUCCUGGGGAGGUGUUGUAUGUUAAGACAGGAGUGGGGAGUGAGGGGUGGGCGGAGAAUGCCGAGGGCAGGUUGUGUCGGGUUUAA